CAAACUCCAGAAAGUACUACUCGUUGGUGCAAGCCAAGCAUAUCAACGUUAUGGAUAGAACCUCAUUAAAACGUCAAAUUCCCUUCAAAGAAUAUCAUAGUACGCAUUUAAACAUCUAUUUAUAUCAAAAAUUGCAAGACAAAAGAGUUAGGAAGGGUUAUUUUUUGUAGAGUUUCCUUGUUAUUCUUAUUUAUAUUCAGAUUGAAAGUGCCUUUUAACAUGCUGAAUUUUUUUUUACUGCAAUGAACAUAUAUUGAGCUAGUGAUAUUAUUCGGCCUUCAUCUAUUACCCAAUUUCUACGUAGAGUUUGAACCUUCUUAAGAAGGUUAGUUUAUGAUAGCAGCGGGACGCAUGUUGAACCAACUUCUUUAGAUGCUGCUGAUGCAAAAAGACAGUGGUUUAAAUUAAAAUUGAAGGAAAAGAACUCGUGCAAAGCCAAACAAAAGAUCGUUAUGGAAAGUGAAUCUGAAUGGAAUUUACCCAAUGCUGAUCAAAUCAAGCUCAUUGCAUGUGACGUUGACGGAACAUUGUUAGACGCAAACAAUAAAUUUCAUAAACGAAACCAUCGAGCUUUACAAUAUUUACGAAAAAGAUAUCCUGAGUUACCUAUUGUCCUAGCUACAGGCCGACAACGUUCUUCUGUCAAUAGUAUCCGAGAACCACUGGAAUUGGACGUAUUCCCAUGUAUUCAUCUAAAUGGUUGUGUGAUUUAUAACAAGGGUGAAAUCCUUUCUCAAGUAGGGCUUUCAAAAGAAUUGGUGUACUCCAUAUUUUCUGAUGUCAAAGAAUAUGAAACUACCGCUAUCUUGCUUUAUGACCACAACAAGGUGUAUCUGCUGAAAAAUGAUUUUGAAAGUGGUAGCAUUAAAUUUGCACAGGAUGCUGGUGAGGACAUCGAUUUGGCGAAGCCAGUUGAUACCAUCUUGGAACAGGUCAUUUCUAAUAAGUUACCAGUAACCAAAUUGGCAAUUUAUGAAAGGAACCCUGAACGAUUUAAUGAAAUUCGAAUGCAACUCCUGAAGGACAAUCAGAAAGAAUAUACUCUCACCCAGAGUAUGUCUUUUGUACUCGAAGUUAUUCCCUCUUCUGUAAACAAGGCGACCGGCUUAACAAACAUUUUGACCAAAGUUUACCCUAAUAUUCACCCGAAUGAGGUUUUAAGCUUUGGCGAUGCUCAAAAUGAUGCUUGUAUGUUUGAUAUUACUGGAUACUCAGUCGCCAUCUGUAAUGGCAUGCCUGCUGCUAUAAAAGCAGCAAAGUAUAUCUCUCGUCUUCCAAAUCAUGAAGGUGCAGUCGGCGAAGUGUUAGAACGCAUUUACAGAAUCCCUCCAAAUCACUAAAUUUAACUGCUUCGUUAUGAAAAGUAAGAAAAGCUAUUAUUGACUUUUUAUUCGUGAAUUAUAGGUUAUUAACCAUUUUAAGCAAAACACAAAAGAUUUAUAUUUAUAUUCAUAAUCAGCUUUAGUCUCUGUUUUGCAGCCUGUCACUACUUAAGAAUUAACUACAAGUUUAAUGUUUUUCUGUAUUCACGCGUUAUACCUAACAAAAAUAAAAACAAAUUAGGGAAUUUUAUUAAUAUCAGCCAAUG